AUGAAUCAAUUAGUAAUACCUAAUUUAAAAUAAUUAUCCAUAUUGUCAUUACAUUUAGAUUCAUAAAACUCAAAACAAAAAUUAAAAACAACUUCCUCUCAUAAUAUUAUUAUUGGAAUUACAUAACAUAAAUUCUUUUAUUCAAAAAUAGAAUUGGUAUAUAUUUUUAAUAUUUCAAUUAGGAAUAAUCUUUUAUAUAAUGCUACUCAGAUGAAAUCACUUCUGAAAUUGAAUUGAAUUAUUCACAUAAGGCUACAAAAUGUAAAACUAAUUUGAAAAAGAAAGAAUGUGAUCUAUUAAAAACUUAUACAAUCUAAUUUGUAGAUCCUAAAGAGUUUGGAGGUAAUAAACAAACAUAUUUUUUAAUUAUAUUGUUAAACUUAGCAAUAUUGUUACUAUUUAUUUUAUUUAUUGGAUCUUUAAUAUAUCUCUAUAAUAAAUACCAAAUUGAACCCUAAGGAAAAUACGUUUAAUAAAUGCCUGAAGUAACAUCAUAAAAUUGUAAAACUGAUGAUCAUAGCAAUUUUUAAGUUGCAUAAUCAAGCAAAUUAGUUCCUAAUUCUAGAGAUGAUCAAACACCAAUCUCUGAAUAGAGAGAUUAAGUGAAUUAAUAACUUCGUAGUAAUAGACCAGUAACACAAGAAAAUGUUGAUUAAUCUCCUGGACCAUUUGAAAUCAGUUGA